UUCGAGUCUCUGGUCCUUACCACGCCCUCCCAGUUGAAACCUCGCGACUCUACCUUGUUCCCCCAGCCCUGACGUCCAUGCCCCUGUCCCGCCCUGGCAGCCCUACGGAGGACUGACGCCGAGAGGGAACCCUGCGAUGAUUUUGGGGCGACAGGGCGAGGUCAGGGAACAGCCGAUGCAACAGAGAUACAGAGACAAGUUGAUCCUGAGGCCUGUGUACCCGCGCAUCGUCAUCUACAACCGUGUUCCGAAAUGUGCGUCAGCGACCAUGUUGCGAAUCUGCAGAAGCUUAUCGCAAAAGAACGGGUUUACCUUCAACAAUAUGAAGGAGACGGGCAGAAGUCACAAAGAGAGGGCGCAACAGAAGAGGCUUGCUAGCUGGAUCUUUAACCGGCCUCUUCACGGACGUCACUUCUUCUUUAAGCACAUGCCUUACCUCAACUUUUCGGGGUUAGGCUACUGGGAGCCUCGUUGGAUCAACAUAGUACGCCAUCCGGUUAAAAGACUGAUCAGUCAUUACUACUUCAAGAGGCCUCUGCAAACUUUGGAUGUCUGCAUCCAAACCGGAGUCUGCAAGUUUGAAAGGGGAAAAGAGAGGAUCGUUUCACAGAUCUGUUAUUUCUGUGGGUUUAACACUCAAUGUAGGUCGAGACUUACUUCGCAAACGUUUCAAGUGGCCAAGCAAGUGGUUGAGAAGGUCUUCGUGGUUGUGGGACUCCAAGAGGACCUUCAAAGCACGCUUCUAGUCUUGGAACACCUGAUACCCAAUUUCUUCUCAGGUGCUUCGAAACUGAAUUACGAGAAUUGGAACAUCCAGGCCACGAAACCAUCGACCUCCAACAGGACAUUAGCCGCACUCGAACGCAAGCUUAAAGUGGACAUUGAAUUCUACUAUUACCUUCAACAGCGAUUCUACAAACAGCUAGAAGAAGUCAAGAGACAUUACAGAGGUUUUAAAAUGUAAAUAAUAAUUGAUGGUAUCGUGUAUUGCCACGGUUUUGUAUGUUUUUUUUUUGUAAUUGAUAAUUCAUAAACGUACACAGGUGGGAGUGAAUGACCCAUAAAUCUACAAAUAAGGUAAACAUAAAUGCAGGAGUUUUGAUUACAUUUAACAAAAUAAAGUAAAGGAUAUUUUA